CAAAUGAAAGUAAACAGCAAUGGAAAGCUACAAACGAUACACUAUAUUGCCGAAAGAAUUGGGACACCCCUCCAAAUCUUUGGAUUCAGGUGUUCCAAACACCUCCAUGGCCACAGGUGCAUAGAAUCAAGCACCUAGGCAUACAUACUGCUUUCUACAAACAUUUGUGAAAGAAUGGGUCAUUCUCAGGAGUUCAGUAAAUUCAAGCGUUGUACCGUGAUAGGUAGCCACCUGUGCACUAAGUCCAUCUGUGAAAUUUCCUUGCUCCUAAAUAUUCCAUGGUCAAUUGUUAGUGGUAUUGUAACAAAGUGGAAGCCACUGAGAACAACAGCAACUCAGCCACGAAGUGGUAGGCCACAUAAAAUGAUAGAGCGGAGUCAGUGCAUGCUGAAGCAUGCGCAAAAGUCGACAACUGUCUGC